GCUGUGUCUGUCUGGUUCUAUGCCAAUGCUCACGUAUAUGUAUAUUCACAUAUAUGUGUAUAUGUAUAUAUAGAUAGAUAUAUGUCCGAACGGAGACCGUAUCUGUCUGCCUCUCUACAUGUUCACCCAUGCACGCUCGCUCUCGCUCUCGCCCUCGCCCUCUCUUGCUCCGUCCUUUCAACCUGCGUCUCAGUCGCCGUGCACGUGCACGUGCACGCAUUUCUCACACUCGAAUGCCAAGCCGCACACUUUCCUGCGCAAAACUAGAGCUGGGACGAAAGCACAUCAUGACUCUUGGAUCCUUGACGGGCAGUGACCGUUUGGGGAGAGCCGGGCGCGUGGAGGACGCUGCCUCCUUCGAGCAACGGACAGAGGGUGUGGUGGGCAUGUUUGGCAAGGCCACUGUCUUUGUCUGCUACGCAGGACAAACGCUAGUGCGCACCAAGAGAACAGAACUCAUGCCCAACCAACACCAGUUUGUCCGCGGCACAGAGAGUGGAAAGGCAGGCCUGCGAACGAGAUGCACUAGCACUCUGUAAUGGAGCGCAUGCCCUCUCCAAAUUUCCUUCUGACACCCUGUGCGUCGAACACAAAGCCCGCACCCUUCAAAAACCAAAACCAAAAAAAAAAAAAAAAAGA